AUGGCAUCGAGGAACCAAGGUCACUCUCAGGCCAAUGGUCACUCAUCCAGACGCGAUAACCUUUCGAUAUCCUCAAAUGCAAGUUCAGGUUCAAACCGGGCUGAGCGUGCUUCAAGCAAUCGAGCCAAUCCUGCUGUAGAGUCUGCGGUCACACGUCUUCUGGUAUCGAUAAAGGCUCUCCUGGAAUCCUUGACGCAAUGGAGCCAACAACGGGUGGACGAAACACAUGUUAGCGAUGUCUACGUGCGGUUGGGAAACGAUUUCAAUGCAGCAGUGGCAGCGUUUGCCGCCUUCAAUAUCGAUAUGGCGGAACUAUUGUCCGUCCCAGAAGACCUUCGCACAGUGCUCGAACAGUGUUUAGCCGAAGAGGCCAACGCCGAAAACCUCGAGAUCUACCUCCCGGAAGUCAGAGCUAUCAUCACCCACCUGCUGCAAGGCCUCCGCGGAAAGCAAUCCAUCUAUCGGAGGAUAGUGUCUGAUCACAAGCACCGCUCUGGUUCUGGGGAAUCCGGCCAUGACAGGAUAUCGUCGCGGACCUCUCGUCGUGAAGGCUCUCAUAGAUCCCACGCCUCGCGGACCAUACCAGAGGAAGAGCGUCAGGAAGUUGUGGGUAGUAGUAGCAGGAGGAGUGGGACGGGUCGCAAUCGCAGAGAUGUCACUUCCCAGAGCGCCACUGUUCAGAACACAGAUGAUCAUUUUGUUGGAGGAUUCGCACCUACAAUCACGGAGCAGCCAACUGCGACCUAUUCGAUGCCAGAGCCGGAACCCCAGAGAUCGUCCAAGCAGAACCAGGAACCAGGUCCCCCGCAAUUGACUUUAUCAUUCGCAGGCUCCGAUGCAUCUCAGACGAUCCCUAGCGAUCAAGCACCGGCCCCACCACCCCCAGAACAAGCGCCCGCUGCUCCCGUGGCUCCUGCCCAUGUUAAGCGCUACUCCCUUGUUGAUAAACCCAUGUCGUCUCCCCCACCGCCUCCGUCUGUGCAAAUCGAACCCUCAAGCCCUGAUCCCGCUUCCAUCAAUGGCACGCUCUCUCCUUCGUCAGAGAACAUACCUCUGGACCCUGCAACGCCAGAGGUUGCAAGUUCACUUGAAGCCCUCAAAAAGAAUGAUGUAUUGCAGCGAAGAGCUUCGAAACGGUUCUCGACAUUCAACAUCUCCAAGAUGACUGGUGCAACGACGACAAGGGAACGAUCACUUAGGGGACAUCCCCAUCGAAGAUCAUUGGUCGCAGCGAAUAGUGCUCCAACGCCAACCGAAUUGGCAGUUCUCACAGAAGUUGAUGAUGAAGAGCCCGAGUCAACUGAGAAGGAAACCUCGAGACCUGCGUUACCUGAACCAGCUAAGGAAGCUGCCCCUGCCGCUCCUGCCGCUACGACUCCUUCAGUAGUGCCGGAACCAACAUUAUUAUCCGCACCCUCAACGCAAUCUACACCUUCCCGAAUCACAGUCUUCCUGCAACUUGGCCGCGAAGUGAAGAAAGCUACCAUCGAACCAUCACUAUCGUUCUCCUCGCUGCGCGUUCUAUUCGUCGACAAAUUCUCCUACAAUCCUGGACAAGAGAACUUCCCGGCCAUCUACAUUCGCGAUCCCUCAAGCGGGGUUCAGUAUGAAUUGGAAGACGUCGAAGAGGUGAAGGACAAGUGCCUUCUGUCCUUAAAUAUUGAGCCUUUGGACCAAAUCAAGCAGCAUAUUGACUCCCAAAUAUCUUCGCUGUCACAAGACAUCAAGGAUCUCAAAACUGCAGUUGCCAACCAACCCAAAUAUGUCCCACCAAUCCCUGAUAUCACUGCACACGCCAUGGCCGAGAGCACACCUCGCGCCGUUCGACCUACCGAUAAACAAUUCCAACAUGUUGCUCGACGACUCUCGCGUUUCGUUGGUGAUCCUUCCAUCAGCGCGAUGAUCAUGGACCAGUCCAGUUCACCACCGAUGCCUGUCAUGCCACAAAUGACCGGGCAUUCAUUACAACCUCAGAUGACUGGUGCAUCUGUUAUGUCGGAGUACUCUGCUCGCGUUGUCGAGGAUCUCAAAACCCAGUUUGACGAGGUUCAGAAUCUUCGUCGAGAUCUUGGAAUCAUGCGUCAGAUGUACACGGAGUUCAUGAAACAGACUAAAGAGACGCUGGGCACUCUGCGAAGCCAGACACAAUCGGUGAAACAGCUGGCCAAUACCAACAUCGGCGGCAGUCGUGCCUAUAUCGAAUCCGGCAAGAAGAAGUUGGACGUUCGCAGUCAGGAUGUUCUCACAGAGGUCGAGAAGUUGCAGGAUACCGUGGAGAGGAUCAAGGACGAUGUGAUCAAGCGGAACACGACACCGAAACCGUUGUUCUUCAAAACCGUUAAGAAGGACAUCGAUGCUACCGCUGCAGAGCUGGAGAGUCUCAAGGAGCACAUCAAGACCAUCAAACCGAUGUGGAAGAAGACGUGGGAGGAGGAACUGCAGAAUAUCGUGGAGGAACAACAGUUCCUCGUACACCAAGAGGAAUUCCUGAACGACCUCAUCGAAGAUCACAAGGCUGUUUUGGAGAUUUACGGGCAUGUCGACCAAAUUGUAAGCCUUCGCGGUCCUGGCACGGUCGUCCAAGGUCGUGUCCGGCAACGCACUUUCCGACCGCCGCCUCCCGAGGAAGGACAUAAUGGCCUGCAAACUGUCAUGCUCGAGAUCCGAGGUGCUGCUGUUGAUCCUGAGAAGCGGCUGAAGGCCAUCGAGGAGAAUCAGAGGAAUCGGGAGAUGGAACGCAAUGCGAAGACAGACGAACUGCAAGCCGAGCUGCAAGACUUUGUGGAGCAUAAGAAGUUGCGGAUGACCGGAGGUGCUGAAGAAGUGGAACGUAUUCGGCAGAAGAAGAAUGAGAUGACACUCAAGGCGAUGUUCAACCCGAGCACUCCAACGUUGUCGAUGGCGGACCCGACGGUGAAUACGGAAUCUACGAGUGGAUCAUUCACUUAA